UCCUCCCCUGCCACAUAGCUGAAGCCAGCGUCGGUGCAGGCGUUCACCGUCUUUACUGAGUGACUAACUUCAUGUUUACUCCGACCUGCAGCCCGUCGGUACAAGUGCUAGCAGCGGGGAAGCUAACAGCCAGCACAAGUUGAAGUCAUCGCAGAAGGACAAGGUUCGGCAGUUCAUGUCCUUCACACAAGCCGGGGAGAGGACAGCCGUGUACUGCCUGACGCAGAAUGACUGGAAACUAGAAGUCGCCACAGACAACUACUUCCAGAACCCAGACCUCUACUACAAAGAAUCCAUGAAAACCUCAGUGGACCGCAAGAAGCUGGAGCAGCUCUACAACAGAUACAAAGACCCUCAGGAUGAGAACAAGAUAGGCAUCGAUGGGAUCCAGCAGUUCUGCGAUGACCUGACUCUGGAUCCAGCCAGCAUGAGCAUACUUGUGGUGGCGUGGAAGUUCAGAGCGGCAACACAGUGCGAGUUCAGCAGGAAAGAGUUCCUGGAUGGCAUGUCCGAGCUGGGCUGUGACAGUCCUGAAAAACUCAAAGCCAUCCUUCCCAGACUAGAGCAGGAGCUGAAAGACACAGGAAAGUUCAAAGAUUUCUACCAGUUUACCUUCAAUUUUGCUAAGAACCCAGGCCAGAAAGGUUUAGACCUGGAGAUGGCUGUUGCUUACUGGAAUCUAGUUCUUACAGGUCGCUUCAAGUUCUUGGAUCUCUGGAACCGCUUCCUGUUGGUGAGUGUGGAGGAACAUCACAAGCGGUCUAUCCCCAAGGACACGUGGAACCUUCUCCUGGAUUUUGGAAAUAUGAUCGCAGACGACAUGUCAAACUACGAUGAGGAAGGGGCCUGGCCCGUCCUCAUCGAUGACUUUGUGGAGUUCGCUCGGCCGAUCGUGACGGGGAGUAAACGCAACAUGACAUAAUGUUUGUCCCGGCCUCAUGCAGUGGAUGGAGUUUGUGUUUCUUCCAAUUUUCUUUUUCUGAAUGAGGUUUUGAUACAAAUGAGCCAAAAAGAGACUACUUCUCAAUAAGCCUGUCUGCAGCUUGUCAUCAAGAUUGUUCUUCCGACUGCAUAAGAUGCCUUGGAUCGGGAGUGACCUAGAAAACCAGUUCAGAAUGGAAAGCAGGAAGGGGAAUCGACAAGAGAGAAAGCACUUGUUUUUGUUGUUGUUGUCGUCUGCUGGCUUGGACACACUUUGGAGCUGCAAUAUGGAAAUGAUGGGUACGCUAAAACUCAAAUUACCAACGGGUGUAGCUUUGAGCUGCCGCUGUGGACUCAUUAACAAGCACCCUUGGCGCAGUCGGAGCGAGCUUUUAGCACAUGCAGAAGAUUAAGUUAUAGAUGCAGUAGGAUGUGGCCUCUUAUAGUUGUGAAUGGACCAGUAUGUUAAAAUCUGCAUGUUUUUGUCAGCUGGUGUGAAGCAGUGCCAUGGAUGUUGCAGAGGAACAGAGUGACCCACAUUAUUUUCACUGAGAUUGUGUUGCUCUCUAACAAUCACACCGAGAGCAGAGCAGAGGAGUGCUUGUUUGUCGUUGUGCGUGUGUUUGUGCGUGUGUGUGAGAGAGAGUUUGGAGAAGGUUAAACAUAUUGCCUAUUUUACAGUACAAUGCUAAAUAUUUUCGUUUGGUUUUAUUAAUAUAAGAAGCUGGGACGCUAUGAUUCACCUUUACCGAGUGACAGUGAAAACGUUCAGAUCCACAUUUUGUAUCCAGACUGAGAGUUGGACGGAGCAGCAUGCUUUUUGAGCUCAGCACCAGCAGAAUCAUAUUGUUACAGUUGUAAAAUAAAAAAUUCACAUAGAAAUAAGAAGAUUCAAUUUUAGAAGGACAAAAAUGUAUAUCAGAGAAAAACAGGAAAUGGCAUUUAUAGUCAUGACUAGUACAUAAGAAGAAUUUAGGAUCCUCAUUUUUAAAAUGUUACAGUGUUACAUUUUUAUUUUUUUUAGUUUCCUUGAUCUUGCAGUGUGUCAACAUGUGUACACAAAGAGAAACUGACUGGCACAUUGACUGUUUUCUAUUAUCCAGGUGAUGAUCACGUAUCACCUCCGCAAACUGCACUGAUUUACACUUUUUUUCUGAUUUAGGACUGCUAUUUUGUUUUUAAUCAGGAAGCACAGCAUAGUGCUACAGAGCUAUUCGGGUUACGACUGUAGGCUUCACUUGCACACUUUUUAAAAUGAACAUCUACAUCACAGCCAAGAGUAUUUUCACUGGUUGUUUACACUGUUGGAGAUUUUGGUUUGCAGCUUUUAUGUUGAAGCACCAUAGAACUACUACAGAGGCAAACAAGAACACUGCUUGUGCUGCCAUCUAGGGGUGGCUGUGGGGUAUAGCAUUUCUCAAUGCACUGUAUUCAGACACUACAUCAAAAACUUGAGCCUUUAAAACAUAGGGGUCAGGGCAGUGCUAUUUACGAGACUUAGUGUUGCAUUUUCCGUGUAAUUAUUAACACUACGCCACCCUGCGUAUGCUAAAUGCAGCGUGACAGAAGGUAGAGCUCAGGUACAAGUCGUUCUCUCCCACUCAUAGUGAGCAACGCUCAGCUUCCUGCACCUACGUUAGUGUUUGCCAUGCUUUCUGUUCUGAACAAUGGCGUUGAUCUUGUUGUUGUCUCCAUGACUGAUCCCUUUGCCCUGUGUUGACACGUGGAUGGAAAUAUCACCGCAUCAAAUUUCUCUGUCCUGUCAACAGCUUCCUACAGGGGAAAUAACUGCCUUUUAUUAGUUAUUAAGUUAAUAAAUAUGUUGGAAUACCCAUAUUUAUGUAUACAUAAGUCAUAAGCUACGGUGGUGUGCAUGAUUGUAAACUAAGAAGUUCAAGGCAGAAUAGGAUUUUAAGUUUAUUAUGAAUUCAGUCCCACAUUGAGUGCAGUGUCAGAGAAGACUGUAGGAGCUGAUUAAGUGUUCAUCUAAGCAAGCUAGACAUGUGUUGGUUGAAUGAAAUAGCUCAUAUGAAGUGUUCCUGAUUGCGUUACAACUCCUCCAUUAAACUGUCAAAGCUGUACACAAACCUAUCAUGGAUGAGGCAAUGACGUGUGAAAGUUUUUUCCCAGACCCGACGUUCUGUGUGGUUCAGAAGCAAGAGAACAUCUUUCAGUAUUCAGUCUGUUAAUAUGGUACAUUUGGUACGUUUUUAGUUGUUAAAUGUGUGAUCCACUGUUUCUAGUCACGCAGAUCAUUCUUAAUGAAGCAGUAUUAUUUUUCCCAGCAGGGAAGCAGGUAUUUACAGAGUAAUGUUUUUUUUUUUUUUUUUUUUGCAGAAGCGUACCACGCAUUGUUUUCUUGAAAAAUGUUGUCAAUAAAGCAUGUUGUUUUUAACA